AUGCCGCCGCCGGCGCCCGCAGCAGAAAUGGCGGCGGGCAGUUGUGCGGCGCAGCCAGCGGAGGCGGAGGCGGGGGCGCGCGACGUGGACACCGGCCAGAGGCUGCUGCGGCUGGUCCCGGCGCCGACGCUGGACUGCCGGGUGCGCUCCGGGAGGCGCUGGGAGGCCGGCUACGCACUGUCGCCCGUGGUGGAGAACUGGGCGCGCCACGUGCGCGCGGCCGACCAGGACCGCCCGGCGGCCGCCGUCGGCUUCGUGGGCGCCACGGCGGCGGGCAAGAGCUGGCUGGUGGGCAAGCUGCAGAGCGAGGGCGGCGCCGUGCCGCGCACGCUGGAGGAGAACGCCGGCGCUGGGGUCUUGCAGUCCGUGACCUCGGACAUCAACUUGUACGCCGACCCCGCCCAGCACGUCUAUUUCGUGGACUUCGAGGGCACCCACGGCACGCAGCCUCUGGAGCUGAGCCUCGCCGGCGGCGCGGACGCGGACGUGGACCGGGCCGUGGAGCGCUGCGUGGGCAGCGGGUCGUGGGAGGCGAAGCGGCGCGAGAUGCUCAGGGACGCCUUCCAGCCCGUACUCGCGUACCUGCUCUGCGACGUCAUCAUCUUCCUGACGCGGGAGAAGCUCGUGUGCCGCCGGGCGCUGGAGGAGUGCGAGCAGUUCGCCAUCGCGGCCAACGCGCGCGUGAUGUGCGCGCGGGCGCCUGCGCUGGUUCUGGUGCAGAACUGCUGCAGACCGAGCGAGGGGAUCUUUGAUCCCGGCAAGUGCACGGAGGCCUUCUGGCUGGCCCACCUGGCCCCGGAGCGAAGCGCCGACAUGCCGUGGUCGAAGUUCUUCAGCAGCAUCGACUGCUUCUGUGUCCCGGACGAGUUCGCGUUCUGCAAGCGGAGCGGCUUCGACGGGGAGGAGGUCUGUGGCGAGGUCCUGUCCGGGCUGAGGGCUUUGGUCCAGAGGAGGAUCCUCGAGAAGCAGGUGGCGGGCCCGCAGCGCCCGCACUCGGGCCUGGCCCUGUCGCAGCUGCAGUGGUUCUCCGCCCUCUCUGAUGGGCCGGUUUCCGCCACCGCUGCCAUAGGGGGCGGCAGGGGCGCUCUGGAGUCGUUGCUGCUCCAGGUGAUGGACUCCUGCCUGCUGCCCGACGGCCGCGUCUCCACGGAGCUCUUCUCCCGGCGCCUGCGCUCGGCGGUGGGCCUGGUGGCCCGCGUGGCGGUGCGGCAGGACCUGGCCGACGAGAGCCUCGACCAGGUCGCCGCGUACCUGCUGGAUCUCUUCCCCUGCGGUGCCGUGGCGCCUCCGGGGGUCGAGCGCUUUGAUGGCAGGCAGUGCCCGAUUGUCUGCGGGCAGAGCAGGCUGGACCACUCGCUGCACUGCUCGCUGCACCGGUCCGCAACACUGGUGCGCACGGUCGACGCUGGGUGGCUGCAGGGGCUCGGCGAGUGGCUCCGCGGGGGCAUCACCCACGCGUGGCCCGGCGAGUUUGUGUGCCACCCAGACGUAGCGGGCACAUUUAGCGAGGACGCCAUCCGCGGCGCGAUCCGGAAGGAGGUCGAGGAGUACCGGGUAGAGCGGGCGCUGGAGGGCGUGGGGCUGCUGCCGGGGCCGUCGUGGGUGGCCAAAGCCCACGCCAGCUUGCGCGCCAGCGGGCUACAGGUCGUCAAGGACGGCACCCGACGGCACCCGCAUGUGCGCCGUGUGCGGGGCCAAGGCCUCCAGCAUGGGCUCCUUCUGGCGGCUGCUGCUGCCCCCCACAGAGGCGCGCACGCUUCCCGCCUGCGAGCACUGCCACGGUGUCGUGCAGUCACACGGCCUCGGCGGCGGCGCGGCUGGCGGCGGGACGCCCGGCGACGUGCUCGCGGAGCAGGCCCGGCGCUGUGCCGCCUGCGGCAGCGCCCAGGCCAGCGAUGGCCCGGCGGCGCUCGCGGCGCCCACCGCCUGCACCCUUGCAAGUGCCUGGUGUGCUCGUGCUGCGCCCGGCGCGUCGGGGCGGACGAGUGGCCGCAGUGCCCGCUCUGCGACGCGCCCGUGCGGUGGAUGGCCAACGAGCGGGCCGUGCUGGCGAAGGGCGGCUCCCGCGUGGCGCAGGCGGAGCCGGCACGGCGAAGCGGCGGCUACGGCGUGUGUGCCUCGCGGUAG